UGAAAAGAAGAAUCAAUUAUAUUUACAUAUAUAAACAGAGAGAAAGAGAGAGCAAGAGGGAAAGGCAGAAGAGGCACAUAGAAUUAAGUAUAGUUGUUUGAGGGGAAAAUGGCAGUGUCAUUAGGGCUGAACAAGGCGAAGCCAUACUUGUCAAUGAUAUCCCUCCAGUUUGGAUUUGCAGGGAUGUAUGUUAUAACCAUGGUCUCUUUGCAGCAUGGAAUGAACCAUUACGUUCUUGCUGUUUAUCGUCAUUUGGUUGCCACCAUUGUUAUUGCGCCCUUCGCUCUUGUGCUUGAAAGGAAAAUAAGACCCAAGCUGACUCUCCCCAUUCUCCUCAGAAUCCUGGUGCUUGGUUUCCUAGAGCCAGUGGUGGACCAAAAUCUAUACUAUCUGGGGAUGAAAUACACGACAGCAACGCUUGCAUCUGCCACUGUCAAUGUGAUUCCUGCCAUUACCUUCGUUAUGGCAUUGAUUUUCAGGUUGGAGAAAGUGAAGUUGAAGAAGGUGCACAGCAUAGCCAAGAUAAUAGGAACAGUAAUCAUGGUCCCUGGAGCAAUUAUCAUGACAAUGUACAAAGGUCCAGCAAUCAAUUUCAUAAAGUUGCAAGGGGGAAGCAACCACGGUGCCACCAACGAAGCCGAGGCCAAGCAUUGGGUUGCUGGGACACUAAUGCUCCUAGCCAGAUGCUGGGGCUGGUCAGGAUUCUACAUUUUGCAGUCAUUUACAUUGAAGAUGUACCCAGCAGAGCUCUCCCUUACAGCUUUGAUAUGCUUCGUUGGGACCAUAGGAGGUGCAGCAGUGUCAUUUGUGAUGGAAAGAGAUAUGCAUGCCUGGAAAAUUGGAUGUGAUUCAAGCUUGCUAGCUGCUGUAUAUUCUGGAGUGGUUUGUUCUGGAAUCGCAUAUUAUGCGCAAGGAGUUGUGAUUAGGGAACAAGGCCCAGUUUUUGUUACUGCCUUUAGUCCCCUUUGCAUGAUCAUCACUGCAGCUCUGGGAUCUUUUAUAUUAGCAGAGAAAGUUCACUUGGGAAGCAUAAUAGGAACUGUAAUCAUAAUCUUUGGACUCUACACUGUGCUAUGGGGCAAAAGUAAAGAUCAGAAGAACUCAACAGCAACAGAGAACGGUAAAGUCCAAGAAUUGCCAAUCACUGACGGUUCUAAAUCGACCAAGUUGGAGGAUAGCAUGGAAUUACCUGCUAAGAUAUUGAAGAUUCCAGCUGAGAGUCAAUUAACUAGAGAAACAUGAAACAAUGACUGUAGACUUGCAGCCAAGUUUUUUUGAAGCUAUAAUAGUGAUUUAUAUAUCUAAAUCUAAUCUCUUCCUCUAAAUGGACUCUUGAGUGUUUUGUUAGAGAAUAAACCAAUUGUCGGGCUUUUAAAGCUUUUUAAGUUAAUGGUUCUUCACUGUACUAUGCUACAGUUUUUGUCUAUAAAUAUAAUUUUGCUUUUGCAAGGA